AUGGCAUGGGCAAUAGAGCUAUCCCAAUAUGAUUUGCAAUACGAGCCAAGACAGGCAAUCAAAGCCCAAGCCAUGGCAGACUUCCUUGUAGAAGUCACAGGGGAGACUCCCGACACACCGAACACACGGUGGAAACUCCACGUUGACGGAGCAUCCAACCAAACGUUCGGAGGCGCCGGGAUCAUCCUCGAAAACUCUGCAGGAAUAGCCUACGAGCAAUCCAUCAAGUUCGAGUUUCCGGUCUCCAAUAACCAGGCCGAGUAUGAAGCACUGAUAGGGGGAUUGAUACUAGCCAAAGAAGUCAGAGCUUCGAAAGUGGAAAUCAGUAGCAACUCCCAAGUCGUUACCUCCCAAGUAAAUGUCAGCUACCAAGCCAGGGACGCGCUGCUACAAAAAUACUUGGAAAAGGUAAAAGAGCUAUGCAAAAGCUUCGAAAAAGUCACAAUCCAGCACAUCCUAAGAGAAAGAAACGCCCGAGCCGACCUCCUUUCCAAGCUCGCGAGCACCAAACCCGGAACGGGGAACAGAUCCCUAAUCCAAGGGCUGGCAACGGAACCUGCAAUCGUCAUGUGCACAACCCAGGUGCCAAAUCCACCCUCAUGGAUAGACCCCAUCUCCCAGUAUCUAGAGCAUGCGGAAACACCCCUAGAUGAGAAGGAAGCACAGGCUAUUAAAAGGGAAGCCCCCAAAUAUACAAUCAUACAAGGACAAUUGUACAAGCGAGGGCUUCACCAACCCCUACUCAAAUGCUUACACCCCGACCAGACGGACUAUGUCCUAAGAGAAGUCCACGAAGGGUGUUGUGGUCACCACAUCGGGGGAAGAUCUUUAGCAAGAAAGAUCAUCCGAGCAGGAUACUACUGGCCCAUAAUGAUGUCGGAUGCUCAGGAGUUCGUGAAAAGAUGCAAAAAAUGCCAAGAAAAUGACAACCUUCACAAAGCACCUCCCGAAGAGCUCAGUCUAAUGAUGGCCCCUCGACCUUUCGCCCAAUGGGGAGUCGACCUCUUAGGGCCAUUCCCACCGGGAUCCGGGCAAGUGAAGUACUUAAUAGUGGUCAUAGACUAUUACACCAAAUGGGUGGAAGCAGAACCACUAGCCAGCAUAUCCGCAGCUAAUUGCCAAAAGUUUAUGUGGAAACAAGUGGUCACUAGAUUCGGGAUCCCAGAGAGCGUCAUAUCAGACAAUGGGACACAGUUCACCGACAAAAAAUUCAAAGGAUUCCUAGAAGGUCUAAGGAUCAAACAGAGGUUCUCCUCAGUCGAACACCCCCAAACCAAUGGACAAGUCGAAGCAGACAACAAAGUCAUCCUAAAGGGGCUGAAGAAGCGACUUGAAGAGAAGAAGGGCUCAUGGGCAGACGAGCUAGCCUCAGUCUUGUGGUCGUACAGAACCACCCCACAGUCAUCUACCGGUGAAACCCCCUUCCGACUCACAUACGGGGUCGACGCAGUCAUCCCUGUCGAGGUCGGGGAACCAAACCCAAGGUUACUCCUCGGAGGAGGAAGUGAGGUGAUCGAAAAGGACCUGGCCGACGAGACGACGCAAAUGGCACACCUAGCAGAAGUAGCAAUAAAGCAAAGGAUAGCCCUAAGGUACAAUGGCAAAGUACUGAAGUGA